GCAAUCUGACCGCUGUGUGACACAGUCAUGAUGGCCGCCGUGCGUCGGUUUCUGGCUCUUCGAAACAAGUUAAACAGCUCCACCAACGUUUCAGGCAUUUACUUUAGCAGCAGGCAAUCUUUCAAUGGAAGAGCUGUUCUGAAACGUGUAGGAACAGGGCUGUGUAUCGCUUUCGGUGGAUUCGCUGUUUACUACCAUCACAAUUCGACCUCGGAUCCGGGAGACACAGCGAGUCGGCUACGAGCAUUGAUUUCUCCGAUUCCAGCAGUAGCUGCAAAAGAGAAGACCAAUGCAUCGGCUGAAGAUGUGGUGUCAAUGUCAGCCCGUGAGCACAGGUUCAGACUCUUCAGCUCAUUGGAGUAUGAAGGACAGCUUUACAUGACUCCCCUCGACUUCAUUGAGUCCAUCACCAUGAGUGAACCAAAGAAAAAGAGGUUUUGGAGAUCCCUCUCAAAACAGGAUUUAGACAAGAUUCUGUCUGAUACACCACCAGUUUGGAAAGGAUCUUCCCGUCUGUUCAGAAACCUGCGGGAAAGAGGCAUCAUCGCGUACACAGAGUAUCUGUUUCUGCUUUGCAUUUUGACAAAGCCGCAUGCAGGUUUUAAAAUAGCUUUCAAAAUGUUUGAUGCUGAUGGCAAUGAAAUGGUGGAUAAGAGGGAGUUCAUGGUGCUUGAGGAGAUAUUCCGUAAGAAAAAUGAAAAGAGAAAAGAGCGGGGAGGAGAUAUCGACAGUUUGUCUUUACUGAGUGUGGAACUGUACGGAUAUCAAGGCUCUGCCAUCAGCAAUGUACUUAAAAAAGAACAGCUACAUUCUGAACCCAGAAGUUUCUGGGAUGUUCUAAGGCAUGGUGCAAGAAUAAUUGUCUUUUCAGAUCUGAUGGAGCACGAAUCAGAUAAUGUCACCGACACAACCCUGCUGGUGCAUUUUUUUGGAAGAAAGGGCAAAAGUGAACUCAAUUUUGAUGACUUCUACAGAUUCAUGGACAACCUGCAGACAGAAGUUCUUGAGAUUGAGUUCCUCAGCUAUACCAAGGGAAUGACCACCAUCAGUGAGGAGGACUUUGCAAGUAUCCUGCUGCGCUACACCACUGUGGACAACAUCACUGGCUACCUUGAGAAUGUGCGUCAAAGCAUACCAGAUGAGAAGGGCAUCACCUUUGAAGAAUUUAGGUCCUUCUUUCAGUUCCUCAAUAACUUGGAGGAUUUUGCCAUUGCCAUGCAGAUGUACAACUAUGCAAAUCGCGCAAUUGGACAAGAUGAGUUUGCUCGUGCAGUUUAUGUGGCCACUGGACAAAAGCUCUCACAACACCUUGUGAACACCAUUUUCAAGAUCUUUGAUGUGGACCAUGAUGACCAGCUAAGCUACAAGGAGUUCAUUGGGAUUAUGAAGGAUCGGCUGCACCGUGGCUCUUGGGGAUACAAAGGUGAAGAGAGAUUCAAAUCUUUUAAAGCCUGUAUGAAGAAGGAACUCACUUGCAAAUAGGCACAAGUCCUGCUCAAUUCUGUGUCCAUCACAGUGAAGAAAUCUCAAAUUGAAUUGAAAGUUCUCAGUUACUCAAUGUUUGGCCUGACCGGUGUCAAACACUGCCAUAGUUAGAUUAGUAUGCUACCUCUUUGGCCUACAGUUAGAGCUUUGUCACUUGUCAGGUAUUUUCUAAACUCUUUAAAAGCCAUUCAGUAAAAGAUAUAGCCAUGACUUUUGUUUAUUAAGCAGAGUUAUUAGUUUAAAUGUUUUUAGUGCCCUCAUUUUUGGGAUAGAUGGCACUGCUGUAAUGAUUUGUAAAGUAGUCUCUUCAUUUUCAUGAUGAAAUAAUAUUUACAAAAAUUAUAAAUUUUCAAUAUAACUUACCUUUAUUCAGGAACUGUUACUUGUGAAUAUGCCACUUAUAUUUUAUAUUACAUUUAGCAGGAUUCCCACAAUUAUGGAAAACCUGGAAGUAUCUGGGAAUUUUUUAAUUAUGUUUUUAAGGCCCAAAACAUUAUGUAAAUUAUUGCAAUCCUAAACGUCAUA